UCGACUGCAAGCGCCCUCACAACGUUUCCAGUUGGCCCGGAACCCCCGUCUCCUCCCCCCCAGUGCAACCAACCAACCAACUAACAAUGCGCGAGAUCCUGUCUAUCCACCUCGGCCAGGGCGGCAUCCAGGUCGGCAACUCCUGCUGGGAGCUCUACUGCCUGGAGCACGGCAUCCAGCCGGACGGCCAGAUCCCGAACGACUCGGACGCCAUGGGCGACGACUCGUUCUCGACCUUCUUCUCCGAGACGGGCUCGGGCAAGCACGUGCCGCGCGCCGUGUUCGUGGACCUGGAGCCGACGGUGUGUGACGAGGUGCGCACGGGCACUUAUCGUCAGCUGUACCACCCGGAGCAGAUCAUCUCGGGCAAGGAGGACGCCGCCAACAACUACGCGCGCGGCCACUACACGAUCGGCAAGGAGGUGGUGGACCUGGUGCUGGACCGCGUGCGCAAGCUGGCGGACGCGUGCACGGGCCUGCAGGGCUUCAUGGUGUUCAACGCCGUGGGCGGCGGCACCGGCUCCGGACUGGGCUCGCUGCUGCUGGAGCGCCUGUCGGUGGACUACGGCCGCAAGAGCAAGCUGGGCUUCACGAUCUACCCGUCGCCGCUGGUGUCGUCGGCCGUGGUGGAGCCGUACAACUCGGUGCUGUCGACGCACGCGCUGCUGGAGCAUACGGACGUGGCCAUCAUGCUGGACAACGAGGCCAUCUACGACAUCUGCCGCCGCUCGCUGGACAUUGAGCGCCCGACGUACACGAACCUGAACCGCCUGAUCGCGCAGGUGAUCUCGUCGCUGACGACGUCGCUGCGCUUCGACGGCUCGCUGAACGUGGACAUCACCGAGUUCCAGACGAACCUGGUGCCGUACCCGCGCAUCCACUUCAUGCUGAGCUCGUACGCGCCCGUGAUCUCGGCCGAAAAGGCGUACCACGAGCAGCUGUCGGUGGCCGAGAUCACCAACAGCGCGUUCGAGCCGACGUCGAUGAUGGCCAAGUGCGACCCGCGCCACGGCAAGUACAUGGCGACGUGCCUCAUGUACCGCGGCGACGUGGUGCCGAAGGACGUGAACGCGGCCGUGGCGACGAUCAAGACGAAGCGCACGAUCCAGUUCGUGGACUGGUGCCCGACGGGCUUCAAGUGCGGCAUCAACUACCAGCCGCCGUCGGUGGUGCCGGGCGGCGACCUGGCCCGUGUGCAGCGCGCCGUGGCCAUGAUCUCGAACACGAGCGCGAUCGCGGAGGUGUUCUCGCGCAUCGACCACAAGUUCGACCUGAUGUACGCGAAGCGCGCGUUCGUGCACUGGUUCGUGGGCGAGGGCAUGGAGGAGGGCGAGUUCUCGGAGGCUCGCGAGGACCUGGCCGCGCUCGAGAAGGACUACGAGGAGGUGUCGGCUGAGACCGCCGAGGGCGAGGGCGAGGACGAGGAGUUCGGCGAGGAGUACUAAGCUACUUGCCUCUCUCCAUCGACCGUGCCGCUUUGAGUGAAUUUUGAGCCCUAGUAGUGCAAGGCCACUGAAGCAUUUGAAUACAGCUUCCACUUUUGCUGUCUG